AAUAUACCGCGGAGCGAGUGAGGGCAUGCGUGAACAAGUGCAAAGAUUCAUGCACGCGCGCAUUAGCUGCAGACGGAUAGCAGUGGGCAACGAAUGGCUCUUCACGGUUCCAGAUAAAGGAAUUGAGUGACGGAGUGCACUUCGGCCCCCCAGCUCAGCUCUGCUCUCAGGGGCACGACUCACCAGGACGCUAGUGGGUCUCAGAGCAUGGAUGGAGCGUGUGGCACCGAGCUCCUGGGCUGAUUUGUCACAUCUUCAAAGUUCGUCGAUGAACCAUGUCGCUCGGAAUGCUCCCCAGAACUCCGUGCCCCGGACCGUGCACUCGGCACCUUACCAAGACGCCCGUCCUUUCCUCCUUCCUCUCCUCAGCACUAUGACAUUUCAUCCGUCGGGGUUCGCGCGGAUUCCAAGUUCGGAUUUGAGAGAGGGGCAUGUGGAACCAACGCUGGAUUCCCGUCGCAGAAGACAUUCAUGUCGCAGAAAUCUCGUCAGGGCUAUGGUAGUUUGACAGGGUGAUAUAAUUGGUCGGAAGGAAGGGAGGAAGAAAGGAAGCAGUGGCGUCGGAGAAUCUGCGGAAGAGCCCACCGUGGCAACAAGGCAAGGAGUGGUUCGCGCAGCAAGAGAAAAAGAGAGAAAGAGAUGGGAGACAUGGUCCGGGACGGCCGAAAAAAGAAGUGAAUGCCAAAUUGCGGAAUCGCGCUCGACUGAAGCCGAAGCAGGUAUUGCAUUUGCAGCAGAACUUAUCCUCUAGACCAGUUUGUUGGAGUCGUUGCGUCCCAAAAAACAGGAAGGCCUUCUCAAUUGGCAGAGCGCCGAGAUUUUGCCCCCCGCAGCCUCUUGUCGGCAACCGAAUCCAGAGCCUCGUACUUGCUCUGUUAUCUGUGGUACCUCCUUUCUUUCUAUAUUCUACCCUGCAGAUCUGCCCUCGCUAAAUUCGGCCGAUGCUCCUGAAUUGCGGCGGACGAUCAGAGCGUACAAAUUGGCCUCAUCCCUCCUCGCCUCCUGCAACUGGAACAGAAGCCUCCUGCUGCUGCUCGUAGGAGCUCCUUCUCUCCCUCUCGCUGCUCCCUUCGCAGACUUGUCAUUCUCUCGCCCUCUCGCAAGCUCCUCGACAAUCGGAUCGUGGUACGGAGCGGUGCGGAAGGCGGUACGCGCACCACGCUCCAACGUCUCGUACGGAAUCGGAAUUCGAAUCGCAACGUGCAGCCAGCGCGCUAGGAAACGCUCGCAAGAAUGGCCCGCAAGAAUGACUCAUUGGACCGGCUGGUGGUGUUUCUGGCCAAGCGGGAUGGGAUCGACAAGCUGGUCAAGACGUUCCAGUACACGUCGAAGAUGGCGCACUGGUACCUGCUGAGCACGGGCAGCCCGGAGCUGGCUCAGCGGGCCAAGAACUGGGAGGUGUCGUGCGGGCUGAGCCGCAAGUGCUUCCGGACGGGGCGAUUCCUCACCGGGUUCAACGCCAUCCGCACCACGCAGUUCGAGAACUGGAAGUGGCAGGCGCUGGCCGUGGUUGGCAACAGCGGCGAGUUCGUCUACUUCUUCUUCGACCAUCUGACGUGGAUGUCGCGCAUCAAUUUCCUCGACAGCAAGCUGGCCGACCGCUUCUGCUACAUCUCGGCGUUCGGGGAGGCCGUGAGUUAUAUCUGCUUCACGGUGCAGGAGCUGACGAUGCUGACGAGAGAGAGGAAGGCCGAGAAGCAACAUCUGAAGGAGAUCGAUGCGCUCCUCAGCGGCAGCCAGCUCGAUAAGGAAACCGCGGCCAAGCACAUCGCGCAGAAGCGGGCCGCCAUCUCCGGCAUCCGGUUCCGCCGGGUCAUGAGAAUCUGUGCCAUCUCGUCGUUCGCGUCCGACUUCAUCAUCGACAUGGUCGAGCUGAGCCCCAAUCCCUUCGUCACCCACGCCGUCACUCUCGGGCUCUCGGGUUUGACAUCCGCCUGGACCGGUUGGUACAGAGCGUGGCCUAGGGAAUUAGUGUAAGUAAGUAUGUCCGUCCUGACCUUGCCUCGCCAGAGAUGGUGCGCCAUCGCAGACCCUUGUAUAGAUGCUUCAGUGCUCUCUGCUGCUUCUGGAGAGGAUCGUAGAACUUAGCUCGAGUUUUUCCUUGUGUUGUCGUUCGAUGUUUUUACUGAGGGAAUGUACAGUGCGAAUUCGAAAAUCCCAAAUUCUCUCUUCAGCCGUCGCUAGCGCUCUCUGGUCAGCUCUCGGCUGGAGUACUUGCACCACGAAACUUUGUAAGGAGCUUGCAGCCCCUCCUCUCUUGUUUGCCCGGAAUUGGAAUAAAUUUCGCUCCGCAUGAAUAUACUAGUUCGCUUUUGUACGUCCUGUGAGGUUCAUUAUCGCUGGCUGCCCCUCGAAACGUCUCGAUUCUCAAUUAUUUGUUUCUCGUUCACGUGUUUUACCUGUUCUGCUGGGUUCCGGUAUUGAGAUGAUGUAAAUCGACGUUAGAGUCGAGUUGCACACCUUUGAAUGUAGUAUUUGUGCGCAGUCGUAAUACAAUGAGUAAGAG